AUGUAUGGCAACUGCUUGUUUUAUAUACUUGUAGAUAGUUUAAAUGCUCAAACAACACCAGACAACAAAAGUGAAUUAAGAUCUCAUCAACAUCAGUAUUCUACUACUAAUCUGAGACAAACUGUAGAAACUCUAGUUGUAGCAGAUAAAACAAUGGUGUGGAGACAUGGUCGACAUAAUAUAACAACUUAUAUCCUUAGUAUUCUUAAUAUAGUAUCUAAGUUAUUUGAAGAUAAUAGUUUAGGUAAACCUGUGGAGAUUUUAUUAGUUGGAUUAGUAGUACUAGAAACUGAUGAGCCAGGAUUACAUAUCAGCCAUCAUGCAGAUUAUACAUUGAAUAGUUUUUGUCAGUGGCAGUCUACAUUAAGUGAUGCUACAGGAAGAAGACAUGAUCAUGCUAUAUUACUAACUGGUCUAGAUAUCUGUUCUAAUAAAAAUGCACCUUGUGAUACUUUAGGUUUUGCACCUAUAAAUGGUAUGUGUAAUCCCCUGAGAAGCUGUAUUAUGAAUGAAGAUACUGGAUUAGCAACUGCAUUUACUGUUACACAUGAAAUAGGACAUAAUUUUGGGAUGUUCCAUGAUGGAGAAGGUAAUAAUUGUAAAAGAGGUGCAGGAAACAUCAUGUCACCAACACUUACAGGUCGAAAUGGACUGUUCCAAUGGUCCUCUUGUAGUAGAAAUUAUUUUCUCAAAUUUUUAAAUACUAUCCAGUCGAACUGUUUAUCUGAUAGACCUACUUAUAUACAAGAAUUUAAAUUUCCUGAUAAACUACCAGGUGAAUUAUAUGAUGCUACAACACAGUGUAAAUGGCUGUUUGGUCCUACAGCUAAAGUCUGUUCCUAUGAAUUUGGAAAAUUACAAGUGUGUAAGAGUUUAUGGUGUUAUAAAGGUAAUAAGAUGUGUGAGACAAAGUUUUUACCAGCAGCAGAAGGCACAAAGUGUGGGGUAGGGAUGUGGUGCCGUCAUAGUAAAUGUGAAAAGAAACCUUUACAAAAACCUAAAGAAAUCAAUGGAGGAUGGUCGCCAUGGACACCAUGGACAAGAUGUUCGAGAACUUGUGGAGGAGGAAUACAGAAACGAAACAGAAAGUGUAAUAAUCCCAAACCUAAAUAUAAUGGUAAACCGUGUAUAGGAGAACUAGUCAUGUUUUCAUUAUGUAAUACUCAGGCGUGCACAGGAAGCACAGAUUUUAGAAGUGAGCAAUGUCAGGAAUUUGAUAAAAAAUUAUUUCGAGGAUGGUUUUAUAAUUGGACAGCAUACAAAAAAAUACAGAGAGGUAAAUAUGUUCAGUUUUCUUAA